AUGGUGGGGACCGCAGUCUUUGGAGCGGCCCUCGGAACAGGGACAGCUUUACUAAUAGCUAUGACUAUUGUGGUCUACAAGUACUACAGUCUAAAAAAGAAAUCAAAAGAAUGGCACUCAUUAGACAAAAUGCCACUACCACCGACACUAGAACGAUUCAACAAACCUUUCUAUCCACUGCUGAAAACGGAAUUUAAUAUAGAAAAGGAGCAUUUAAACGUCCAACCACCUCAGAACUCGUCCGCACAAGACCUGACAGCAGAAAUAUUGAAGACACCUUUAGAAGUAUGCUCAGCGCAUGUACCUCCUCCAGCACUACAACACCAGUCCAAGUCAUAUCCUACUGGACAGCCGCUACUAUGCAGAACCCCCAGCGUAUCCAGUCAAAGUAGCCUUGAUAGUACGGCGUCGAAACAGGGCCAUCGAGGAUCUUCUCCCCAAAUACGAACGUUCGCCCCUGAUGGAAAAACAACAUUUCACCACCACCACGAAGCUACCCAUACUGCAAGUUAUCCACUACGAACGUCUAGUCGAUCUCCAUCUCCUCUACGAGCAGCGUCUUUAGAUAUUAGAUGCUCAUCGCCAGGAACUGCCCAUGCUUUAUCAGAACUUAGAACACCUUCACCAUCACAAUCUAGCCUAGCUUCACUUACUGGAGGGUCUACAAGUUCAUGUAAUUCCCCAGUACCGGCCUCGCCCAGGACCGGCCUAGGACGAUGUUUGUCUCCGCUUUUUAUACACCGAACAGUCACCGUUCCCGAUACGACAGGAGUGCCACCGCCCGCAAGUCCUUUGGGAGCCAUCCAGCCCGAUUUGUACCUUAGAAAGGAUGGACCUCUGUUCAUUGCGGCGCCAAAGUCAUCUCCAAGCCUAGGAAGACUGCAUUUUAGACUAUCUUAUGAUUUUGAUAAAAGUGAUUUAGUAGUUCAUCUGAUUGAAGCUCAUGAUCUCGCCAGUAGCGACCAGGGAGGAUUUAACGAUCCCUACGUCCGCUUAACCCUUACACCAGAGGUGGAUUCCAGGAAACGACAAACAAAUAUUUGCCGGAAUGAUCCCAAUCCUCUUUUCGAUCAGCAUUUUAAGUUUCCAGUAUCGCACGAGGAAUUGCAGUCCAAGACGCUUAUAUUACAAGUGUUCGACUACGACAGGUUUUCCAGAAAUGAUAUAAUCGGAGAAGUAUCAGUAGUCAUGAGCGAGUUUGACGUCGCAAAUAGCGUAGAAAUUUGGGGCGAGAUAACAAGGAACAAGAAACCCAAAGAAGAUACACAAGAGAUUUUGGUGUCCCUUAGUUAUCUGCCUUCAGCUGAAAGAUUGACUGUAGUUCUUUUGAAAGCUAGGAAUCUUUCGAUGGCGCAGUGUAAAGGCAACACAGAUUUGCAAACAUUUGUUAAAGUAUACCUAAUAGUUAAUGGCAAGAGGUCUAAGAAAAAAAAGACAGCAACUAAAAAAGGAAGCUGCAACCCAGUUUGGAACGAAGCACUCACUUUUACACUGGCAGCAAAUAAUGUGGGUAAUGCUGCCAUUGAGUUAUCGGUAUUUGACCAAGGUACCGACAUAAUCGUCAACAACUCACUGAUCGGCAGCUGCACCAUAGGCCCUAAGGAAAGUGGUCCCGAAAAGGACCACUGGAUCGACAUGACGCAAAGUCCUAGAAAAGCUAUAGCCUGCUGGCAUACCGUAAGGUAAAUCUCUGAAGAAUAUAUGCUCAAAAUAACAGAAAUGUGCCAGUAGCAAGAAACACAAGUAAAAGCAAAAACUGUUACAGAGAAUUUUUAGAUGUAAAACACGCAACAAUUCAAUUUAAAUAUACAUACAUAAAGCCAUAAAGUGAGAUAAAGAUAUAAUAUGUAGAUAAGUGAUUAAAAAAUAUUGCUUUUCUUGCUAUUGGUAUUAUAGAUUAAAUUUAUAUUUGUAUUGUGUGCUUAAUUGCAAAGAUUUUUAAUAGAAUGUAUUACUUUAAUGAAAAUGUAGGUACACGAAAAGGACUAUAGAGCGUUUCAUGUUAAGAACGGAUCAUUGCUUAGAUAGGUUAAUGUAUUUCUUAUGGACGAUAGAAGCGCACCGAUACCACGACGUACUGAUUAGAAUGAAUCGUAUAUCGGCAGUGAAGUAGCCACCCGUACCCAAGAGGUUUGGCAAAACUGAUCUCCAUAAGCGCAAUGUUUUGUCCUUAACGUGAAACAAAGGAUAGCACGUACA